AUGAGCACCAUAAAAUGCUUUAACCCGAGGUGUAAGCGUGAAGCCAAAAUUUCAUGCAAUUGUACAUCUCCAGAGACUUAUUGUUGCAAAAAACACUUCUUUGGGCAUUGUGAAUCAAACAACAAGCCUCACACUUCCAGUUCGCUAUUUUUGAAAGCUGUUGAUGGUAAAAAAGAAGAAAUUCUCCAGCUUCUUGCACAAGAAAAAUCUAGAAUUGAUGCAAUAAAAGCAGGAAUUAUAGCUUCCUUUAACCAAACACUUUGUGGCUAUGAAAUGGCCUUUGAAGAAAUUUUGAAAGUAAUAAACUCAAACGUCGAAAAAAUUAGCAAUUAUUUCGAAAAGGUGAAAAAAGUGAGGAAGGUAUCGAUAUUUGAUAAUGAUCCAGUUAUGAAAUUAUUGGCUAUUGAGGAUGAUGGAGCUGCUGAAAAAAUUAAAGAGAAUUUUAAGGCAAUCUCAGAUAAAGAUGCUGAGAUUUUCUAUUCAAUGAGCAAUGAAAUUAGUAAAAUUAUAAAGAGACCUAGCCAAGAUCCUUUAAAACAGCCAUUAUUCCCUGUUUCAUCUCCCUCUGGCAAAUUUAUUCCACACUUUCCAAACAUUCCUGAAGCGGAGUCUUCAUACUCUACUUUAAAUUUAGCAAAACCAAUUAUUCCCCUUCCAAUAAUGAUGCACGACCAAUUUUCAUUGAGAGAACUAAAAAAUGUCCCAUGUCCACCUAUCUUUGCAUCUAAACUUAGUCGAAGAAAUAUUCUAGCAGAUAUUAAAAACAAUUACAAUCUUAUAUCUGUCAAUUAUGAUGGGAAAGCGUUUAUCCUAAAAGGAAGUCCUGAAUCAGUUCAACAAGCAGCUUUAGAACUAUCAAAAAUUAUCGCCCAAGAAAAAGAAGAGGUCAAUGUACAUUGGGAAUGGCUUCGUGACGAUGGCUGUUUUGAACCUUACUGCUCUCCAACAAGUGAAAUAAUUGAAAAUGCUUAUAGCUACAUGAUCAGAGUGCAUCCAUUUAUAUUAAGGGCAUGCGAUAUAAAGUAA